CCGGAAGCAACAGCAAUAGCGCUUUUUACAAGGACGUCUGCGAACGUUUAACGUUAUUUUUAACAAUUUUCACUGUUUAAAUUUAUUCGUAAAGACAAAUUAAUUUCCUUUUUCCUCUAACGCGAAUCCGAAGAUGCCUCCCAAACCUCUGGCGCCUCUGGCCAAGAAGCUCAUGAAGGGGUUGAUCGCUCUGGAGCUGCUCGGCGUCUUCGGGGCGUACGGUCUGUUCCACAAGAUGAACGACAGCCAAGACUUCAGGAACACCGUGAACAGGCGCUUUCCAUCAGUUCUAGAAGUUUACUACCAGUCCAACGAGUGGGCGGGGCUCCACGGCGCCCGAGAGAGAGACCGUGAAGCGUGGGCGGUGCAACGGGAAUGAAGGCGCCCGGUUAAAAAACGAGAG